AGUGUGCAUGCAAAGCAAUACGUGAACAAGAUUGGCGCGAUGAGGCUACUUACGAGUUUGUGUUACGCACUACUUUUCUUGGCGCGAUGAGGCUACUCACAGGUUUGUGUUACGCACUACUUUUCUUGGCGCGCUGAGGCUACUCACAGGUUUGUGUUACGCACUACUUUUCUUGGCGCGCUGAGGCUACUCACAGCGGACGUGGCCAAUAAGAUCCUUUAAAGAUGGAAACGUCCACGCUUCGCUCUAGAGUGGAGAAUCUCUUUGGCUAUAUAAAUGAGAAGUAUAAUUUAACACCUCCGGAUGUAUUCUAUGGAGAUCCACGGGUCAGUGAUUGGCCUUUUAUGAACAAUUUGACCAGUAUCCUGUCCAUUGUUUUUCUCUACCUCCUGAUGGUCAAACUAGGUCCAGUAUUUAUGGCAAAACGAAGCCCCAUGAAUGUCACCUAUCUGCUAGUAGCCUACAACUUUGCUAUGGUCAUUUGGUCAUUUUGCAUGUGCUUAGAGCUGGUUAUUGUCUUAGCCAAAAGUAAUCAAUCCCUAUUAUGUCGUCCUGUCAAGACUGACGUAGAGAUUGGACUGAGGGAAGCUAGACUUGGUUGGUGGUGCUUUAUGUCAAAGAUAGCGGAACUUCUCGACACAGUAUUUUUUAUUGUCCGUAAAAAGAACAACCAGUUGUCAUUUCUUCACGUAUAUCACCACAGUUCUAUGGUACUUAUAUGUUGGUACUUCAUUAAGUACCUUCCAGGAGGUGAAAAGUUAUACAACGGGGGCAUUAACUCCUUUGUUCACGUCAUCAUGUACACAUAUUAUGGAUUAUCGGCCAUGGGGCCCCACUACCAGAAGUACAUUUGGUGGAAGCGUUACCUUACGCAAUUUCAAAUAUGUCAGUUUGUGUGCAUAUCCCUACGUUGUAUUGGAACAUUUUUCUACGGUCCUUGUGAAUAUCCUAAAUGGACCAACGUUGGCACACUGCUCUACGUAUUCAGCAAUCUGUUACUGUUUCUCAAUUUUUAUAUCAAGUCUUACAAGUCAAAAAGCAUUCUGUCAAGUCACUCAGCGUCCAAGUCGACAGCUAAAAAAUCGGAAUAAAAUUGUAAUGAUGAUGUCUUCGAUUCCAAAGAUUUAAGGAUGAGUGCAGUGUUUAGAAUGACUAAGCAAAGCCAGUUCCAACCAGUUCCAACGACUUGUUGUCUGUGAACAAUUUGUCGGUGAACGAUUUGUCGUGAACCAACUAUUGGUGCACAAGUUGUCGGUGAACAAGUUGUCUGUGAGCCAGUUGUCGGUGAGCAAAGUGUCGGGUGAACGAAUAGUCGUGUGAACGAAUUGUCGGGUAAACAAACGAAAAGUCGUGAAAGAAUUGUCGGCGAAUGAAAUGUAAAGUGAACAAAUUGUCGUCUCCAGUCAUCUGUUACUGUUUGUUAAUUUUUCUUACGAGUCAAAAAGCAUUCAGUCAAGACACUCAGUGUCCAAAUGAACAGCUAAAAAAUCGGAAUAAAAUUGUUCUAAUGAAAAUGG